CCGCUGCAGCUAGGCUCCUCUUUUCGGUUGUCUGGUUUGCUGUAAUAUUCGGCAACUUAUUGUUUAGUAGGGUAAAUCCAUUUGGGCGUUUUGAGUAUCAUAUAGGAGAGAUUAGGGUAUCGUGGUAACUGUCGUCUGUAGGAAAGAAAGAGGAGAAACAAGCGAGAUGGGUGCCGCUGCAGCUAGGCUCCUCUUUUCGGUUGUCUGGUUUGCUGUGUUGCUGGGGGCGCUACUCCUGGUUCAGUUUCUUAUUCUUUUGUUUUUGGAGCAACUUGGAGGCCAUGCAAUUCUUUUCCAGGGGAAAGAGGACUUGAAAGAAGUAACUCACAAAGUUUACUUCGACGUGGAGAUUGAUGGCAAGCCUGCAGGUCGUGUUGUUAUGGGUCUUUUUGGUAAAACUGUGCCCAAAACUGCAGAAAACUUUCGAGCUCUUUGCACAGGUGAAAAAGGUAUGGGGAAAAGUGGCAAACCCCUUCAUUAUAAAGGGAGUUCAUUCCACAGGAUCAUUCCCAGUUUUAUGAUUCAAGGCGGUGAUUUUACACAUGGGGAUGGAAGGGGAGGAGAAUCAAUAUAUGGAAGCUCUUUCCCUGAUGAGAAUUUCAAACUAAAACAUACAGGACCAGGCUUUUUGUCAAUGGCGAAUGCUGGUCCAGAUACCAAUGGGUCCCAGUUUUUCAUCACUACUGUCACGACUAGUUGGUUGGAUGGCAGGCAUGUUGUUUUUGGCAAGAUUUUGUCUGGAAUGGACGUAGUUUAUAAGAUUGAAGCAGAAGGGAGGCAAAGCGGCAAGCCGAAGAGCAAAGUUAUCAUUGCAGACAGUGGCGAGCUGCCACUUUAAAAUCGUAGAUCUCCGAAGAACGGUUUCACAAAUAAAUUAUGACAUUCAACGACGUGUUUUAUUUAUGCCAAAAAAAUUGUCCAUAUGCUUUUAUUAAUAAACUCCUAUGUGCUGACUGUUAAUCCAUGCCGACUGGCAUGCUCACAGAUGUCUAUGGAUUGGUCUGAAUGGUUACUUGUGCUUGCAGCUUGUUUAGUCGA